UCCGCCUCAGCUCCAAGCUUCACGUUUCAGAGCAGCACAUCAUGGCUCCCAUUCCCCUCAGCACGGUCGACACCGACCUGAAAGACGUAAUACAACACCUGUUCGAAAUCCAAUCCGCCGUCCACGGCUACCUCGGUCCCGAAACCCAACAAGAGCUCGUUCGCAAAAUAAAAAAUCUCACUCUCGCGCUCUCCACACUCAGCACACACACCUCCGAUAAUCACCCCGACGCACAAUCCCAAUCACCCGGAAACAGCAACGACCCUCCCAUCCACAGCAUCCAACUUCCCCCUGAGAUUAUCGACUACGUAGACGCAGCAAGGAAUCCGGAUAUCUACACGAGAGAAUUCGUCGAGUUGAUCCAGCGCGGGAAUCAAGAUCUGAAGGGGAAGAAAGAGGCGUUUGGGAGUUUUCGGGAUGUGUUGGCGAGGGAGAUGAGGGGGGCGAUGCCGGAGAUUAGGGGGGAGGUGGAUAGAGUGGUUGCUUCGUUUGGUGGUGAUGGGAAUGGGAAUAAUAAUGGGGAGGGCAGGGGGUGAUGGUUAGUUCAUUAUGAUGAUGGUGAUGAUGGUAAUGGAAUAGAGGGAUAGAAUUAUCUUGGGAUGGAGUUUGGGGGUGGAGUUAUUUUUCGCAUGCUUUGUUUUGGGGGUUAAUUUAUUAUUACUAUGAGUGAUUUGUGAUGAUGGAUGAUGAGAGGAAUGUGAUGAUCGGAAUCCAAUGCCGACUAGACUGAAACUCAAGUCAGCAAGCAAGUAAUGGGUUCAGCCUUGUGUGUGGCAGUGGCUGCUGCUGCUGCUGCUGUUACUGCCCCCUGGA